UUGUUUUCCCAUCAUGAGAAAAGGAGAAGUAGCAAUAAAACAGUCAUUAUCAGUCAACAGAGACGGACAGAGUAGGAGAGAGCGACCGAGAAACACUAAGAGUUUUUAAGUAUUAAGAUAUAUAACAGCUCUAUUGUAGAAAACAGUCUUGUUUGUAGAUGAAGUAUGGCUUUUGGGUGUAACGGCUAAAUAUAAACUGUGCCAAGAGGUGUUUACUCCGACCACAAACCGGUUUAAUAAUGGAGAAAGUUUUGCAUUUAGUAUUGCUGUCUAUGGUUCCUGUAUUGGGACAAGUAUCUGUACCCGAUGUUGACCAUGUUUCAGUAACUUCCCGAACAGAGUCUGAGUUAACUUUACAAUGGAAGAUAGUCGGAGACUACCUCAAUUACUCUUAUGUGCUGAAAAACAGCACUGAAGGAGAGAAGAAUAUCAAUGCAACAGCCAAUGAUACUGAUGUGACACAUAUUGUCUCUUCUCUGUCUGCUGGCACUAAUUAUUCAUUUACUCUCUACACUGUGUUUAAUGAAACGAGGAGUAGUGGAUAUAACUUCUCCAAUGUGACAGCUCCUUCUAAUGUUAAUAACAUUACAGUGAUUGACCAAACAGAGACUGACAUUACAUUCGAGUGGGAUAUAGUCAAUGGCAACAAGAUUUACUCUUAUGUGCUAAAAAACAGCAGUGGAGCAGAGUCUGAAAUCAUUAAUGCCCCAGAAACUGGUACUAAAGUGAAUUAUACAGUCCAUUCUCUGUCUCCUGGGACUAAAUAUUCAUUUACUCUCUACACUGAGUUUGAAACAGUGAGAAGCAGUGGAUAUAACUUCUCCAGUGUGACCACUCCUUCUAAUGUUUAUGACAUUAAAGUGAUUGACCAAACAGAGACUGACAUUACAUUAGAGUGGGAUAUAGUCAAUGGCAACAAGAAUUACUCUUAUGUGCUAAAAAACAACAGUGGAGCAGAGUCUGAAAUCAUUAAUGCCCCAGAAACUGGUACUAAAGUGAAUUAUACAGUCCAUUCUCUGUCUCCUGGGACUAAAUAUUCAUUUACUCUCUACACUGUGUUUGAAACAGUGAGAAGUCGUGGAUAUAACUUCUCCAGUGUGACCAUCCCAUCCAAUGUUGCUGAUGUGUCUGUGGUGAAACGUGGUGACAGUUAUUUCAUCUUACAAUGGAUGAUUGUAAGAAAUGUAGACAACAACACAUAUAACUACUCUCUGGAAUACAGAAAUGAAUCAUGGGUGAAAAACAUUACUAUAAUUCCAGGCGGGAAUUCUACGGUAAAACAUCAUAUAUCAGGUUUAAUUCCUGCAACAAAUUACAGCUUCACUCUCUACACCAUAUUUGAUGACUUGAGAAGUAAAGGAUUUAACUUCACCAACACGACAACUCUAUCUGAAGUAACUCAGGUCAGGGUGACAGAUCGCUCACAGACAUAUUUGGCCGUUGAAUGGGAUAAGCUGUACAAAAACAACAUCUACAACUACAUUUUGAGUCAAAGUGAUGGAGAAGAGGCACAUAUUUCUGGAGAUAAGCAUGGUGACGUUAUUAAAUAUAACCUAUCCAAUCUCAGCCCGGGAACAGAAUAUAAAUUUACUCUCUUUACUGUGGUCAAAGACAACAAGAGCGAAGGAUACAACUUUAAGAAUGUCACCACCAUUGACUGUUCACUCUUUGACUGGCAAGUCACCAACUCAUCGAUAAAUGCUAAAGUGACUGGCAGCACAAAUGUCACAGCUACAAACAGCACCGGCGGUGAAGUAAAAGAAACUGUUGAGGAAAAUGAUGUGAAUCUUCAAGGGCUUCACCCUGGCGCAAAUUACACUGUUUUACUGUGGUAUUACUUAGAGUCACAGAUGCAUCUACAAUGCUCACAAAUUUUGACAUUAGAUCCAAAUAGUGUAUCUAGUCUGCACUGUGAAUAUUUCUCUGGAGGAUAUGGUCUGGCUGUGGUUUGGGCCACAUCUGGAAUUGUGAAUAAGGUGCAGGUGGAUGUUGCAGGAAAAAGUUUCAACCAAUCUGAGAGUAGACAGGAAGUAAAGGGACUGCAAGUUGCCCAGUGGUACAAAGUGUCAGCGACAUCAUUCUCUAAUGACAGGAUGAGUCCUACAGUAUCAGUCAACUGUCAAACUGACCCAGCAGGAGUUAUAGCAGGUGUUCUUGUGGCUCUCCUGUUAAUCAUCAUCAUUUGUGCCGGUAUCUUUUUAUGGCGCCGCAAGCUGAAGCAUGCUGGAGGGUCUAAAGGACAUGAUGAGCCAAAAAUAACUAACAGCACGUACAAACCUAUUCCUAUGGAGAAAUUUCCAGAACAUUUUCGAAACAUGAGUCGUGAUCAGAACAGAGGUUUCAGUGAGGAAUAUGAGGACUUAUGCUUAGUGGGUGUAGAACAAGCGAAAACUACAGCUGAAAUGCCUCAAAACAAGAGCAAAAAUCGAUUCUCCAAUGUUUUACCUUAUGAAUGUUCAAGAGUGCAUCUCUUUAUAAAUAAUGAGGAUGAUUCUGAUUAUAUAAAUGCCAACUACAUGCCUGGUUAUGGCGAGGCUAGUAGACAGUACAUUGCUACUCAAGGUCCACUCCCCUCUACAGUCAAUGACUUCUGGAGAAUGAUCUGGGAGAGAAGAUCACAGGGCAUCGUCAUGGUAACAAACUGCCUUGAAAGAGGAACUGUUAAAUGUGAGCAGUACUGGCCAUUGGAUUACACACCCUGUCUCUAUGGAUAUUUGCUUGUCACAAUCACAUCUGAGGACAAAGCACAAAGCUGGACUUUGCGAGAAUUUGCUGUUAAAAAUAAAAACACCUCAGAGACACGGACAGUGAGGCAUUUCCACUUCACUGCGUGGCCAGAUCAUGGCGUUCCCUUAGGCACAGGGGAGCUGAUCCGAUUCAGAGGACUCAUUCGACAGCACAUUGAGAGCUCUCCUUCUUCAGGACCAACAGUUGUACACUGCAGUGCUGGAGUGGGCAGGACGGGUACACUGAUCGCCCUUGAUGUUCUGCUACAGCAGCUGGAAAGAGAGAAGGCAGUGAGCAUUGCAGGAUUUGUACAGAGAAUGAGACUUAACCGGCCACUCAUGGUUCAAACUGAGUCUCAGUACGUCUUCCUGCACCAGUGCAUCAUGGAUAUCCUGCAAUCUAAAAACAUUCCUCAGCCGGAAGAGUCAAUCUAUGAAAAUGCAAUCUAUGAAAACUCAGACAUAAUAUUUGCCAAUGCAGUGGCUUUAAAGGAAUAUGAUAAAGCUAAUCAAAUGUAGUGAACAAAGUAGGACCAUAACAUUACAAAAUGUUUGUAUAGUUAGCUUUUUUAUGUCUUUCAAACAAAGACCAAGUCAUAAAACGUAACUGUUUAAAAUGUAUUGCAGCAUUAAUCUUGUUGAAAUCUUGCUAUAUUCAGCAUUUCAAUACUGCAUUGUGCUAAAUAAAACAAUUCACACACAACAAAGAAACACUAAAGGUUACCAUAACCUUUGCCUUAACAUGUCAAUUAAAAAAUUAAGUAUCAGAUAGACACACUUCACUUGUAACAGUGUUGGUUAUGGUCUGUUUAGCUAGAACAGUUUACCAUUUACACCUAAACUGACCGUUAACAACUGCAUGUCUGUGUAUAUAGUUUUAUUUUUGUAAUAAGUUAAGAGGGUGACCCCUUUACAAGGUAAAAUUGUAAAAAUUGAAAAGGAAAGUUUAUUUUAUAUAUGUUGCAAGUAUGAUUUGUUUUAGCUUAGCAAUGAAGGUCAUUACACACUUAAAGUGAAUCCUUUCAUUCUGCAAUGUGUAUGUGAUUUAACCAUUAAAGGUUUUUGUGUUAGUCAUGAAAAACUGCUUGACUUUAAAGUUGGGCUGUUUGUUGACAGAAAUGCUACUUAAGAGACAACAAAAUAUGCUAAUUGUUAAAUCUCAUCUGCUGCUUGUAUAAUGUGAAAUUUUGCACUGUAUUGUUAGUCACCUCAGUAAGAAAGUUCUGCUAGGCAUUUAUUGAUACAACAUUUGGAUUCAUGGAGACAUUGAACAGAUAUUGGAGCUGUAUUUAAUGUUUUUAUUAUAGCAAGAUCUCUUUACACAAAGAAUGUGUGAAAAAUGCUACAUGGUGUGACACAAUCACAGCCAUUCAGACCAGAUGAAUGUAAUAUUGGACCAAGGAGAAAUAAAAAUAAUAUCAUAAAAAACAAACAAUAUGAUCUGACCCUCAAAUACAGACUGUAUAAAAAAACAUUUAAAUGAUAUAACAUUAAUCACUUAAGAAUUGCUCCAAUUCAACUGCUAAGACGAUGCAAUUCACAGCUUUGCAUCUCUCCACUGUUUGUCUCUCCAAUCACAUCUCAGACAUCAUCUUCUUUAUUAUUUCCAAAACACAUUUUUACCAUCUCAUCUUUAAUGUCUUCCAUAUAGUCAUAUGGCAGCUCUGUUGCACUCAUCACCUCCUUUGAUGGUGGAUGGAGAGGCUCUAUGAUACAAUUCAAGGGUAAAGGAACCGAGAACUUCUUGGAGAUGUUGUGCAAGACACAACAGGCUUUGAUGGUGCAUGCUACUGACUUUAGAGUCUGAAUGGAGCCAAUAUCACGCAGGCACUGGAAACGACUUUUCAGACCACCAAAGACAUGCUGCACAAGACCAUAUACCUGAGCGUGUGCUUUGUUAAAUCGUUUAGUGGCGUUGGUUAUGAUGCGAGAAGCUAUAAUAGGGGUCAAAACAUGUCCACCGCCGAAGAGACCUCUGGCACCUGUGUAAGGAAGGCAAGUAGAGAGAAUAUUUUAAAACAUUUACAAUAAAGGCUUCCUAUUCUAUUCGCUUUUCUGACAGCUAAAGCCACAUUACUACAUUUCUUUUGUAUUUGAUACAUGGUGUAAAAUAAAAAUUUCCCCAACA